AUGGUAUAUGGAGGAAACCUCGCACCUCCAGCGGAUUUUCUUGAUGAUCCUCCUCUUCUUCCAGAGGAUCAUUUUCCCGAGUUGGUACGACAGGUUCAACAGCAUACCACCAAGUUACGUUUUCCGCAAUCUCGAUCGCAUGCUACCCCUCCGGUUUUCAUUCACCCACACCACAGUUCUUGUAACUAUGUGAUGCUUAGAGAAGACGCCGUGCAUCCACCCCUUGCUCCACCCUACACUGGUCCAUACUGUGUCCUGUCACUAUCUGAAAAUGCCUGUACGAUCCUCUUUAAGAACAAACCUUCUGUCAUGUCCAUUGUGCACUUGAAACCAGCAUCGAUCCUUAACGACACCAACAUACACAAUAAUGAAUUUGUUUUGCAGGAAACUGCAGAGGCCUGUCCUCUCCCUUCUCCACAAGCUAAUCAAACACCUUCUGCAAGUCAAGGCCCCCUCUUCUAUACUUCACACCUCCAAGUGCCAGCAGUAAUGAACUAG